AUGAUUCAUAGACUGCCAAGCCAAUUGAGAAUUGCCGGUGUGCGUACUGGUAUGCGCUCGUUUUCUAGCAGCACCAGACGGUUGAUUCCCGUUCAAUCAGCUCCAGAUGGACUGGUCGAUUUGAAGACGCUGCCCCGUGUGCAAGCUGAUAGCGAGCUUCACGCUGCCAUUGUCAACCCAGCCGAUAAAUAUACCGAACACGUCGAAGACCUGCACAAAUACGGACGUUAUAUCAUGACGUGUCUGCCUAAAUAUAUCCAACAAUUUUCUGUUUGGAAGGACGAAUUGACUCUUCAUAUUGCACCCAAUGCCGUUCACCCAGUAUUCCAUUUCCUGAGAAACCACACUGCCUCGCAAUUCAAGUCAGUCAUGGACGUGACUGGUGUCGACUUCCCAUCGCGUGCCAACAGAUUCGAGGUCGUUUAUAACCUGUUAUCGGUGCGUCACAAUGCCCGUAUUCGAGUGAAAACAUAUGCUUCUGAGACUACUCCAGUGCCCAGUCUUGCGAGAAUCUUCGAGGGCACCAACUGGUACGAGCGUGAGACUUACGAUAUGUUUGGCAUUUUCUUUGAGGGCCACCCCGACCUGCGUCGUAUCUUGACCGACUACGGUUUCGAGGGAUACCCUCUGAGAAAGGAUUUCCCCCUCACCGGAUACACCGAGGUGCGAUUCGACGAGGAAAAGAGACGUGUGGUGUACGAACCACUCGAACUCACACAAGCAUUCCGUAACUUCUCGGCCGGUUCUACCGCAUGGGAGCCCGUUGGCCCUGGUCGCGACGACAGACCCGACUCGUUCAAACUUCCCACUCCCAAACCCGAGGAGAAGCCUGAAGACAAGAAAUAA